UUUCGUGAAGCGGUGGGGAGUUUUUCAUGUGGUUACUUCGCCACAUCCACAGUCGAAUGGUCAUGCCGAGGCUGCCGUAAAGUCAUUGGAACACCUUAUCCUCAAGACAGCACCCUUAGGCAACAUUGAUUGUGAAGACUUUGACCGGGGUCUCUUGGAACUCCGGAACACUCCUAACGCUACAGGUCGCUCCCCAGCCCAGAUCCUGUAUGGUCAACCACUUCAGUCAUGUGUACCUGCUCAUCCUCAGUCCUUUUUGAUGCACUGGCAAGAGAAGACAGAGGACUGUGACCGCCAUGCAGCCGCCCGUGCCGAGGCAGUGAAGCUCCAGUACGACCAGCACGCACGCCCCUUACCCAGGUUGAAUGUCAGACAACACGUUCGGAUUCAAGACCCGGCAUCUCACCGCUGGGACAAGGUUGGGGUCGUCAUGGGCUGCGGCAGGUCACGGGAUUAUGAGAUCCGUCUACCCAGUGGUCGGGCAUGGUGGCGGAACCGCCGUUUCCUUCGCACUGUGCCGCCCCCUGGUGAUGACUCCCUUCCUCAUAUCCCUGUGGACCCUUGCUUGGACCUUGAAAAGCAGUCCACAUUCAGUAACCCCCCAGCUGACCCACGUCGCUCUCUGAGACUCCUAGAAAAAGAGUCCGCUCGUAAUUGUACUACGAGCGUGAGGGGGGAGGGAGGUGUAGAUAUGUGAGGAUUCAUGCAUUAUUCAUAGCUUGUACAAUAUAUUCUAUAUUAUGUUUAAUCCUUAUUUCUAUAUGUAUUGUAUGUACGAAUAAUCUUGCCAAUGUAUGUUCCCUUGUAUUGAUGUAGCCUCCCGCAUUUGUACUUUUAUUGCAUGUGACGUGGCAACACUGUCCUUGGCCACGUGACCUAGCAACAUUGCCUGUGAGCGAGGUUUCCCGCCAAUUUUCGGUCUCUCGGCGCUGGUCAACCAUAGGAGACAGAUGUGUGCUCUCGCCCCCAUGUAACUCUCCUGAGAAUAGAACCUGC